CUCACCUGGCGGCCGCCCCGCCGCGCCCGUCCCCUGCCCGGUGUGCCCGCAGUGCCGGCCCGGGGGCGGCUGAUCAUUAACCCGGAGACGCGUAAGGAGCCGGGCGACAGCUGGGAGCCCGUAGUCAUGGACGGCAGCACCGUGACCCCCAGCGGCACCCCCAGCCCGGGGCUCUUGCCCCACGAGCGCAUCCGAAAUGCCGCCGACAUCUCCGUCAUUGUCAUCUACUUCGUGGUGGUGAUGGCCGUGGGGCUGUGGGCCAUGUUCUCCACCAACCGGGGCACCGUGGGAGGCUUCUUCCUGGCCGGCCGGAGCAUGGUGUGGUGGCCGAUUGGAGCCUCCCUCUUCUCCAGUAACAUUGGCAGUGGGCACUUUGUGGGCCUGGCCGGCACCGGCGCGGCCGGAGGGAUCGCCAUGGGCGGAUUCGAGUGGAACGCCCUGGUGCUGGUGGUCGUGCUGGGCUGGGUGUUUGUCCCCAUCUACAUCAAGGCUGGGGUGGUAACCAUGCCCGAGUACCUGCGCAAGCGUUUUGGCGGGAAGCGUAUCCAGGUGUACCUGUCUGUGCUGUCGCUGCUGCUCUACAUCUUCACCAAGAUCUCGGCCGACAUCUUCUCGGGAGCCAUCUUCAUCAACAUGGCGCUGGGGCUGGACCUGUACUUGGCCAUCUUCCUCCUGCUGGCCAUCACCGGGCUGUACACCAUCACGGGGGGCCUGGCCGCGGUCAUCUACACGGACACGCUGCAGACGGUCAUCAUGCUGGUGGGCUCCUUCGUCCUCACGGGCUUCGCUUUCAGAGAGGUAGGGGGCUACGAGGCCUUCAUGAGCAAGUACAUGCGAGCCAUCCCCUCGGUGACCACGGACGGGAACCUGACCUUCCGGCCCGAGUGCUACACGCCGCGUGCCGACUCCUUCCACAUCUUCCGGGACCCCCUCACCGGGGACAUCCCCUGGCCCGGCCUCAUCUUCGGGCUGAGCAUCCUGGCCCUGUGGUACUGGUGCACCGACCAGGUCAUCGUGCAGCGCUGCCUGUCGGCCAAGAACAUGUCCCACGUGAAGGCAGGCUGCAUCCUGUGCGGUUACCUCAAGCUGCUGCCCAUGUUCCUCAUGGUGAUGCCGGGGAUGAUCAGCCGCAUCCUCUACACGGACACCGUGGCCUGUGUGGUGCCCUCGGAGUGCCAGCGGCUGUGCGGCACCAAAGUGGGCUGCACCAACAUCGCCUACCCCAAGCUGGUGGUGGAGCUCAUGCCCAACAUCCCGUCCCUGGCAGGGCUGCGCGGCCUGAUGCUGUCGGUCAUGCUGGCCUCGCUCAUGAGCUCCCUGACGUCCAUCUUCAACAGCGCCAGCACGCUGUUCACCAUGGACAUCUACACCAAGGUGCGCAAGGGCGCCUCGGAGAAGGAGCUCAUGAUCGCAGGAAGGGUGUUCAUCCUGGCCCUCAUCGGCAUCAGCAUUGCCUGGGUGCCCAUGGUGCAGACUGCGCAGAGCGGGCAGCUGUUCGACUACAUCCAGUCCAUCACCAGCUACCUGGGCCCGCCCAUCGCCGCCGUCUUCCUGCUGGCCGUGUUCUGCAAGCGCGUCAAUGAGCAGGGCGCCUUCUGCCUGAUCAUCGGCUUCCUGAUCGGGGUGUCGCGCAUGGUGGCGGAGUUCGCCUACGGCACGGGCAGCUGCAUGGAGCCCAGUGACUGCCCCACCAUCAUAUGCGGCGUGCACUACCUCUACUUCGCCAUCAUUCUCUUCAUCAUCUCCCUGCUCAUCAUCCUGGGCGUCCUGCUCACCAAGCCCAUCCCCGACGUGCAUCUGUACCGCCUGUGCUGGAGUCUGCGCAACAGCAAGGAGGAGCGUCUGGACCUGGACGCGAGAGGGGCCCGGAUGCCCGCCCAGAGGAGCCCGAGGACACCUUCCAGACAGGUGACAGCAGCCUCCCCUGAGGAGAAGAAAAGCUGUUGCCGGCGGGCCUACGACCUCUUUUGUGGCCUGGACCAACAGAAGGGCCCCAAGCUGAGCAAAGAGGAGGAGGCGGCCAUGAAGCUGAAGCUGACGGACACCUCGGAGAAGCCGCUGUGGAGGACGGUGGUGAACAUCAAUGGCGUCAUCCUGCUGGCCGUGGCCGUCUUCUGCCACGCCUACUUCGCCUAAGCCUCUGGCCGCUGGCCGCUGGUGGCUUCGCGCUUCUGGGGCACCUGGGAGAAAGGGACCUGAAGUGUGGGUCAAGGCCCCUGGAGUCGGGCUCGCAGCCCCGCACUGGCCCGGUCCUGGGUGCCUGCGGACAUGACACUGGGCAC